AUGCCCUACAUCGUCGGCCUCAACAGCGGCUCCUCUUUUGACGGAGUCGACGCCGUCCUGUGCACCAUCGACAUUGAUCAAGAUGGCCAUCCGUCACGACCCAAAUUCGUCGACGCUCUGACGGUGGACUGGCCGGAUGAGCUUCGCCCGUUGGUCAUCCGAGCUUUCGACAACCAGCUCUCCCUCUUCGACAUGACGCGGGUCAACUACGCUGCCGGAGCUGUGUAUGCUGAGGCCACCAACAAGCUGCUCGCGAAGGCGGGUGUGAAGCCGGAGGAGGUCGAGGUUCUGGGGUAUGACGGUCAGACUGUCUACCAAGAACCGCCAGACCGACAAAAGAUUGCGGACUACAUAUCCAGCGGCAGUAAGAGUCUGGUGGACCUCUGGACGAAAGGGGGCUUCCCCUGCGGCUUUUUUAUCGUCGAGUCGGGCGUGGUCGCGGCGUUGACUGACAUCACCACUGUCACCCAGUUCCUGCCCGUCGACCACGCUCUCGGCGGUUCGGGGGCGCCUCUGGUGCACAAGACGAUGGCUUUCGACACCGGCCCUGGCAACGUGAUGCUGGACCAUGUCAUCAGAGCGCGCACUGGACGAUCGUACGACAAGGAUGGCGAGAUGGCGGCUCGAGGACAGAUCAUCGAGCCUCUGCUGGCCGAACUGCAAGCUCAUGAAUUCUUCCAGCGCAAACCCCCUCGCUCGGCCUGGCGACUGGACUUUGGCUCUCGUUACGCCGAUGACAUUCUCGAGCGGUACGCCUCCGCUUCCACCGAAGACCUCCUGGCGACAUUGGCGAUGUUCACUGCCACCUCGAUCGAGCGGGCGCUGGUGGACUUUAUCCUGCCGAAAACGAGCGUCACCAAAGUCGUCGCCAGCGGCGGGGGCACGAGGAACACGACCUUGAUGCGAUUCCUGACGGAGCGCCUUGCGACUCACGGACUGAAGACGUGCGUCAGCGACGAAUUCGGGAUGCCGGCCGCGUACAAGGAGGCGAUCAAGUUCGCGACGCUCGCUUUUGCGGCCAAGAGGGGGCUCGCCAACAAUAUCCCGGCGGCCAGCGGUGCGUCCUCGUUUGCGAUCUUGGGGAAGCUGACCUUGGCGCCAAGGCUGGCCCGGGGGACGGAAAAUAUUACUUCCAAUGACCUCUUUAUCGAUGAUGGAUGGGCUGGUUGA